UUUCUCUUUUCACCUCCCCCCCACCCCCCAGUCCUUCCACACACACACACACACACACACAUACACACGCACGCACAGGAAGUUUUGUCUUGGAGAUGGCAUUGCUGGGAGCAAUGUUCUCGUGAUCUUCAGACCCCGGGUUCUUUUGUAUACACGUUUAGUUUGCCUUUUCUAAUGGGGUAGGGUAGUGGAAGCAAACCGAAAGUCUUGGGGUGGGGGAAGUGAGUGGAGGCUGCAAACGACUGAGGAGUCGCCGGAGUUGAGGGAUCCACGUUGAAGACUAUUGCCCAGAAGAAAAGAUGUUUGGUUUUCACAAGCCAAAGAUGUACCGAAGUAUAGAGGGCUGCUGUAUUUGCAGAGCUAAGUCCUCCAGUUCUCGAUUCACUGACAGUAAACGUUAUGAAAAGGACUUCCAGAGCUGUUUUGGGUUGCAUGAGACUCGUUCAGGAGACAUCUGUAAUGCCUGUGUCCUGCUUGUGAAAAGAUGGAAGAAAUUGCCAGCAGGAUCAAAAAAAAACUGGAAUCAUGUGGUAGAUGCAAGGGCAGGACCCAGUCUGAAGACAACAUUGAAACCAAAGAAAGUGAAAACUUUAUCUGGAAACAGGAUAAAAAGCAACCAGAUCAGUAAACUACAGAAGGAAUUCAAACGUCACAAUUCUGAUGCUCACAGUACCACCUCAAGUGCCUCCCCAGCUCAGUCUCCUUGUUAUAGUAACCAGUCAGAUGAUGGCUCAGAUACAGAGAUGGCUUCUGGCUCUAACAGAACGCCAGUUUUUUCCUUUUUAGAUCUCACGUACUGGAAAAGACAGAAAAUAUGUUGUGGGAUUAUCUAUAAAGGCCGUUUUGGAGAAGUCCUCAUUGACACACAUCUAUUCAAGCCUUGCUGCAGCAAUAAGAAAGCAGCUGCUGAGAAGCCGGAGGAGCAGGGGCCAGAGCCUCUGCCCAUCUCCACUCAGGAGUGGUGACUGAGGUUUAGGUAGAAGGGGAACAAAAAAACGAUUUAAAUUUUGGAAAGAGAACAAAGCAACAAAACCCUCCUAUUUUUAACUUGGAUACCUGCUAUUCUGCCAAAAGACACUUUCUAGAAUAGUUUUGAAUGGGUUGUUAUUUCUCCUCCAGUUCCACAAACUCUGAAGCCAGUGUCUAGCUUACUAAAAGAAAAAAAGUGUACAUAAUAUUUAAGAUGCUGAGUAUUUCAUAGGAAAGCUGAAUGCUGCUGUAAAGUGCUCUUUAAGUCUUUUUUUUUUUUUUUUUUAUCCCCUUCUAAUGAAUGAAUCUAGGGGAAUUUCAGGGGACAGAGAUGGGAUUUGUUGUAUGAUAAACGUAUGUAGUUUUAGUCUUUCUAUAUUGAGAAGCAGUGGUUGGGGCAUUUUUAAGAUGGCUGGCUAUACUUGUUUUCCUUCAUGAUAAGAAAUUUGUCAUAACUCAGUAACGUGGACUUGCCCCAAGAGGUAGUUGUUAAUAAUUUAAGGUCUUGCCAAGGUUCUGAUGAUUCAAACCUGUACUACUGAAUAUUAAGCAGGACAGACUAAGCUCUCUGGUGCAAAUGCCUUGAAGGAAUAGUUUCUAAACAUACAGAGAGGUAACUUGAGUGUAUAUGUUGCAUCCUCUGUCACCUCCCUCCAUAUUCAUUUUUGAUAAAGAUUUUAAUCUAUAUUGAAACUUCUAAAGCAGAAUCAAAGCUCCUCUGGGGAAAUGUCAAGUUUUAGGAUGAGCAAUCCUAAAUGAAGAGAACCAAAGCAUUACCGCAUGGUAGAGAUCACAUUCUAUUAAAAAUGUUAAAUUAUCUUUAAAAAUGUACAAGUCUUCAGGAUGGCACACACAAAAAAGCAAAGGUUAAUGCUUCUUGGGGCACAUUUCUUAGAGGGCUUGCCUAGUGUGUAAAUAAUUGACUUUUGUUUGUGUUACAUGACUGGUGACUUCAUUGAAAAUCUGCGCAAUUCAGUUUUAGCUCUGGAUUACUUCAGUUGACCUUUGUGAAGGUUUUGUCUGUGUAGAGUGGUUGUUUGACUGGUUUUAACCUAUUAGGGUUUGGGGUUUUUUUUUUUGUUUUGUUUUUUUUCCACUCUAUAUUAAAGUAAAAUUCUAAAAGAAAAGAGGUGUGUGUUAAUGCUGAGUGGGCUGGUUUAGGUUUGACUUCUUUUAGUCAGGCUUUGUGAACAUUGAGAUGUUAGAUGAUGCAUCCUGAACACGGAGCUCUUCGAUUCCAAAAUCUUCAUUUGAAGCCUUUUUACUUGAACCCAAACCAAAGUACUGUCAUUGCCUCUUUUUUAAACGUUCAGGAAUAACCUAUCACCGGUUCAGACUUCUCAUAAUUAGGGAGGAUCAUUUGCCUACCUUAUAAUAACAUGACUCAGUGCUUAUUUUUAAAACUGGAUUUUAAAAAUUAGAUAGUAUAAAUAACAGUAAGGAGUGAGCCACUUUUUACGGGCACCAUAUAGUUUUAUAAUUCUUAAUCUAAACUUAAAAUUUUAUAUUUCUUCCUUAUGGCAAAAACUACAAGCCACCAUGUGCACAGAUUACACCGUGAGUUGGGUUGGCUCUCCCACAGCCUCUGAGGUGAAUUACAAGAGUCCCAGCCAUUAUCAUCUUCCUCCUGUUGUUUUGAAAUGGUUUUUUUCUUUUUUUUUUUUUGUACAUUUUGGCUACAGUAUUGGUGGUAGAAUAUACUAUAAUAUGGAUCAUCUCUACUUCUGUAUUUAUUUAUUUAUUACUAGACCUCAACCACAGCCUUCUUUUUCCCCUUCCACCUCUUUGCCUGUAGGAUGUACUGUAUGUAGUCAUGCACUUUGUAUUAAUAUAUUAGAAAUCUACAAAUCUGUUUUGUACUUUUUAUACUGUUGGAUACUUAUAAUCAAAACUUUUACUAGGGUAUUGAAUAAAUUUAGUCUUACUAGAAAAUAAAAGAAGAUGUUUUGUGGCUUUGUUGAAAAGGUGUUCUUAGGUAAGAAUGUUUUGACCUUCACAGAUACGCAGUUUUAACCCUUUCGUAUUAUAACAAGCCCUGAGAGAAAAAGGCCUCUUUACCGAGAGAUACUUUAAAAUAAAAGAUGUUUUAAUUGACAUGCCCAAUAAUUGACCUAGUAGAUAAGAUGAUUUUAACAAUGAAGGAUAAAGUCUCUUCAACGGUUGGUUGGUUUAUUUCAUUUCUAUUUUAUUUUAACUUAAUUUUAUUACUUUUUAAAUGUUUCCAGUGUUUUAAGGUCUGUGUUGUGGUUUUAUUAUUACUGUCUAUGGGCAUAGUGGGAAUCGUCAUUGAGACUUUAAAGAAAUUAUAAAAAUUGGUUAUAGGGAAAGCUGGAUUUGGGCAUUGGGGUCAGACCUGGUCUCUGAUGUCUGGCUUUGCCCCUUUAUUAGCCAUUUGAGUCUCUUUGCAUUUGUGAGCCUCCAAACUUCUGUAAA